CUGAUAGUGGAGGCAAAGUUUCGUUUUCCUCUGUUUACUGCAGUUAACUUUCGUUUUCCCCUGCAGCGGCCAUGUUUAAGUAACGCUUCUCUGUCAGUAUCAUUAAACCAGAUCGGAAACCGACCAUAACGUGCUGCGUAAAGAGAUGGCGCGGCGGACAAUGUCUCUUAUUCCUCACUGGUCCUCUCGUGUUUUUUCAGUGGAGCUUGAUGGAGCACCCUUCUACUUCUCAACACAAGAAAAGCACCGGGGAGAAGAAGUGCCUCGGGUGUUCCGAGAAGUCCCGAACUAUGGACGGUGCUACUCUCUCCUCGUCUGCAGCAGCGACAGAAUUAAACGUGCCAAGUUUUACGGGGAGCUGAAAGACAAACUGUUGACAGACUUGCCUCCACAGUGUCAUUUGUCUCCCAUGUCCUCAUUUCUGCCAAAUGUCAAGGAUUCUCUCUUAAAGGGGUACUUUUUAAAAGACUAUUCCGAGAGUUCAUCCCCUACAGAGCGACUUCUGCGAGAUUUAAUACAGCGUGACCCGGUGCUUGUGUGUUCAUACUUGAGAGGAGAGGACAGUCAAGUGUGGACUCAGCAUCUGUGGUCUCAUGCAGACAGCCAAGCGACGCAAACGUCAAAGGAUUACUCUGUGGUACCCGCAGAAGCGCCAGAAUAUCACCCAUCUACUCUCAACAUCGUCAACUCGGAUGUUUUCUACAGUUUUGAGGAGGCUUAUAAAGUUCUAAAAGAGUGUGGUGACAUCAUCCCAGAGGCGAUGGCUGUGCUGGAGCUGCUGCCCAGCAGAGCGGAGGCCAGAAGUAAACCAGACUUCCCUGUUAUUGUCAUAGAGGGCCUGGAUGCCACAGGUAAGACAACUCUGACAGAGUCUCUGAGGGAUACUCUAGGGGCCUCUCUUCUGCGCUCCCCUCCCCACUGUCUGUCCCCCAUGAGGACCCGCUUUGAUCGGGAGCCGCCCCUCAUCCGCAGGGCUUUCUAUGCUCUGGGGAACUACAUCACAGCAGAUCAAAUAGGCCAGGAGGUUAUGAAGACACCUGUCAUCGUUGACAGAUUCUGGCACAGCACAGCAGCGUAUGCCAUUGCCACAGCAGUGAGCGGUCCAGUGUGCAACCUUCCAGCAGAGGGGUCAGAGGUUUACCGUUGGCCCAGUGACCUACUCCAGCCCAGCCUGGUGGUCUCACUCACGCUGGACCCCGAGGAGAGGAGGAGGAGGCUGAGGGACAGAGGUCAGGGAAAGACUGAAGAGGAGCAAGAGCUGGACCACAACCAGCUUUUCAGACUCAAAGUGGAGAAAGCUUACCAGAGGAUCAGUGGCCCAGCAUGUGUCACUGUGGAUGCUAGUCCUUCUGCAGACCAAGUGCUCCAACAAGUGCUGCUUUUAAUUAGGGGCAAAUGCCACUUGUAAACAGUUCUCCAUCUCCCCUGCUGUCGCCCAUGCAUCAAGUGCAUGUAGUACCUCCUUCCACCACUGGGUGCCAGUAAGGUGUUGUGAAUACACUCGUAGGAGGAACGGUGUCCAGAUUGGAGAGUGGAGAUGAGAUUCUUUUCAGAAUGAGUAAAGGUUGAAUGGCCAGGGGCCAGAACUGUAUGCUACAAUCAGAAAUACAUAUUCAUGUAGACACACAUACACACACACACACACAAAAGUAUUGUCAAGAAGAAGUGUGCACUUAACUGCCGUUGUGACCUCUCAGAAAUCAGACACAGUGUAUCAGAAAAAUGCUGAAAUGGGAUCCAAUUUACAAUUCGAUAAAAUAAAAACUUUUCAUUUGUUAGACAAUACGUUUCAAAUUGAAAUAAAAUGACACUAAAUAUCU